GCACAUAAAACAAACGAACGCGCCGUUGCGCCGUCUUCGAGACUGCGGCUGCGCGACCUUGAUAAGCUCGAGAGCUCGAGGGGUCGAAUCGCUAAAGCCGCUCUCAGGCGCGCACAUCACAUCACAUCACAACAGCGGGAGUCGUAGCGCGCGCGGCCGUUGUGCAGAGUCAAGUGUUUCACCCGCAAACCGGGUUAACUGCUUCUCCCGCCGAGAGCAGACCGGCCUAACACCGUCUCCCCGCUCUCACGCCGUCAGCGGUCGCCAAAGGUCAGGUGGGCCAGCAGAACGCCCCGAACAUGACGACCGCCGUGCCGGCCUCCGACCACGAGAAGCGCAAGCAGAUCAGCGUGCGCGGCAUCGCCCAAGUAGAGAACGUGGUGAACGUCAAAAAGGCCUUCAACCGGCACGUUCACUACACCCUGGUCAAAGACCGCAAUGUGGCGACGCCGCGGGACUACUACUUCGCCCUGGCGCACACCGUCAAAGAUCACCUGGUUGGGCGAUGGAUCCGGACCCAGCAGCACUACUACGAAAAAGACCCCAAGAGGGUGUACUACCUGUCCCUGGAGUACUACAUGGGGCGUUCCCUGACCAACACCAUGGUCAACCUGGGAAUUCAGAAUGCCUGCGAUGAGGCCCUCUAUCAGAUGGGGCUGGACAUUGAAGAGCUGGAGGAAGUGGAGGAGGAUGCCGGGUUGGGCAAUGGGGGCCUGGGGCGCCUGGCAGCCUGCUUCCUCGACUCCAUGGCAACCCUGGGCAUGGCCGCCUAUGGCUACGGCAUCCGCUACGAGUAUGGCAUCUUCUCGCAGAAGAUUGUCAACAACGAGCAGCAAGAAGAGCCAGAUGACUGGCUGAGGUACGGCAACCCCUGGGAGAAGGCCCGUCCAGAGUACAUGCUGCCGGUCAACUUCUAUGGCCACGUGGAGCAGACGGACAAGGGCUUCAAGUGGGUUGACACACAGGUGGUGUUUGCGAUGCCCUACGACAAUCCAAUUCCCGGGUUCCGCAACAACGUCGUGAACACGAUGCGGCUCUGGUCGGCAAAGUCCCCCGUCAACUUCAACCUCCGCUUCUUCAACAACGGUGACUACAUCCAGGCCGUGUUGGACCGUAAUUUGGCCGAAAACAUCUCCCGAGUGCUCUAUCCUAAUGACAAUAUGUUUGAGGGCAAGGAGCUGCGCCUGAAGCAGGAGUACUUCAUGGUGGCUGCCACGCUGCACGACAUCCUGCGGCGCUACAAGUCGUCCAAGUUCGGCACGAGGGCCCCCGUACGCACGAGCCUGGACCACUUGCCCGAGAAGGUGGCCAUCCAGCUGAACGACACCCACCCUGCCCUUGCCAUCCCCGAGCUCGUACGCCUCCUUGUGGACAUCGAGGGCUUGGACUUUGAUAGGGCAGUGAAGCUGACCACCGAAAUCUGUGCCUACACCAACCACACGGUGUUGCCUGAAGCCCUGGAGCGCUGGCCCUGCUCCAUGCUGCAUAACCUCCUGCCACGCCACCUGCAGAUCAUCUACGAGAUCAAUGCACGCUUCCUGCACCAAGUGGCGCAAAAGUUCCCGGGCGACAACGACCGCCUGCGUCGCAUGUCGAUGGUGGAGGAGGAAGGAGAGAAGCGCAUCAACAUGGCUCACCUGGCCAUUGUCUGCUCGCACAAGAUCAACGGCGUGGCUCGCAUACACUCCGAGAUCCUCAAAAAGGGACUGUUCAAGGACUUCUACGAGAUGUAUCCAGACCGUUUCCUGAACAAGACCAAUGGUAUCACUCCCCGUCGCUGGCUGCUGCUGUGCAACGCGAGCCUGGCCGACCUCAUUGCAGAUAAAAUCGGAGAGGACUGGAUUGUGCACCUGGACCAGCUGACAAAGCUGAAGCCCCUGGUGAAUGACAAGGGGUUUCUCAGGGACCUGCAGAGGGUCAAGGCUGAGAACAAGCAGCGCCUGGCGGAGUACCUGACAAAGGAGACGGGAGUAAAGGUGAACCCGGCCUCGAUGUUUGACAUGCAAGUGAAGCGCAUUCACGAGUACAAGCGGCAACUGCUCAACUGCCUGCAUAUCAUCACCCUGUACAACCGCAUCAAGGCCAACCCCUCUGCCCCCAUGGUGCCCCGUACCAUCAUGAUCGGUGGCAAGGCGGCACCAGGCUACCACAUAGCGAAGCAGAUCAUCAAACUGAUCAUAGCGGUGGGCAAUGUGGUGAACAACGACCCUGUGGUGGGGGACAAGCUGAAGGUGAUCUUCCUGGAGAACUACCGGGUCAGCCUGGCCGAGAAGAUCAUCCCUGCCGCAGACCUGAGCGAGCAGAUCUCCACCGCAGGCACCGAGGCCUCCGGCACAGGAAACAUGAAGUUCAUGCUGAACGGAGCACUGACCAUCGGCACUCUGGAUGGAGCCAACGUGGAGAUGCGAGAGGAGAUGGGGCCAGAGAACAUCUUCAUCUUCGGCAUGAACGAGGACGAGGUCAACGCCCUGGCCAAGUCUGGCUACAACGCCUGGGACUACUACAACAGGCUUCCAGAAGCCAAGCAGGCCAUUGACCAGAUCAACAGUGGAAUGUUCAGUCCUCACAAUCCUGGCCUGUUCCACGAUCUCACAAAUGUCCUUCUCAACCAUGACAGGUUCUUCCUGCUGGCAGACUACGAGUCUUACAUCAAGUGCCAGGACCGGGUGUCCAACAUGUACACCAACCAGGAAGAGUGGACCAAGAUGGCACUGCUCAACAUCGCCUCCUCGGGCAAGUUCUCGAGCGACCGCACCAUCGCCGAGUACGCCCGCGAGAUCUGGGGCGUCGAGCCGUCCUGGGAAAAGCUGCCGCCACCCCAUGAGGUCAAGGGUGAUGAACAGCCGGCCGCCAAGCCGGCCCCCGUGUCGCCCACCAAGAAGUAGCCGGUCGUAGCCGGCCCGUACAAAAUUUCGGCGGCACCCCAACGCGUAGGAGACUCAUCUUUGCGAGUAAUAUAUAUUGCAGUGUCCACGCGACGAUGAAUGGUUCCCCCGACUUCCUUGCUCUUGUUUGCGCUCUUUGCUUCGCGAGAUGCCUUUCCGGGUCGUCUUGUUUGUAUAUUACCCGUUGCACAUUUUUAGGGUGCCUUUUGUUUUUUGUUUGUUUCACUUUUUUCGUGUGAUGCCCUCUAGCUGUAAACCUUCAAUAUACUCUGGGGGAAAUCCUCAUUUGGUGCAAGUUUGGCAUUUAAAAAAUUGUUCCCAAAAACAUUUUUUUCUUUUCUUUCGGCGCACCUUUCUCCCCUGCUCGCCGCUUUUUGUUCCGCGGAGUGUUGGAGUCGUACGACUACUACUCUAGGUAGCAAUAAAUUAAAGGGUCUUUCAACAGCUAGAGUCGUCUGUACGUAUGCAAAGGCAAGGCUUCGAGUGUUCCUAAGAGAAGGUACACUGAGAGGCAAAGUUUGGUUGAGAGAGAAAAAAAAAAAAAACUGCCAAAGGUGUUUGUUGAAGUUGUUGGUUGAUGCUGUUUUCCGUUUCGAGUCCCAAAUCGCAGCCUAAAUCUCUCCGCUCUCAGCGCUGCAGUGCUAACCAAUCACACUGCUUGUUUUAAGUUUGUGUGUGAUGUGUAUGUAGGUGUACUCUAAAUAUACUGAAAGAAACCUCCA